GUGUAAACCUCCGCCGAUGGCUCCGACGUCCACACGCAUUCAGUAAGACACAGCACAAUCAGACAUCGGUCGGUGAAAUAGAAGGCUAUUAUUCCGGUCAAAAUGGAACGAAAAGUAGCACGGGAGUUUAGACACAAGGUGGAGCUGCUGAUUGACAACGAGGCAGAGAAGGACUACCUGUACGAUGUUCUCCGGAUGUAUCACCAGUCUAUGGAACUGACAGUGCUGGUGGGAGACCUGAAGCUGGUGAUCAAUGAACCCAUCCGCCUGCCCCUGUUUGACGCCAUCCGGCCACUCAUCCCUCUCAAACACCAGGUGGAGUACGACCUGCUUACCCCCAAGAGGUCCCGCAAGCUGAAGGAGGUGCGUCUGGAUCGCACCCACCCGGAGGGGCUGGGCCUGAGUGUGAGGGGGGGGCUGGAGUUUGGCUCCGGGCUCUUCAUAUCCCAGAUCGUGAAGGAUGGACAAGCUGGAAACGUGGGGUUGCAGGUUGGAGACGAGAUUGUCCGCAUCAAUGGCUACUCCAUCUCCUCCUGUAUCCACGAGGAGGUCAUCAAUCUCAUCAAGACCAAGAAGACUGUCUCCCUCAAAGUCAGGCAUGUGGGGAUGAUUCCAGUGAAGAGCUCUUCUGAAGAGGCCCUCAAGUGGCAGUUUGUGGACCAGUUUGUGUCUGAGUCUGGGGAGAAGAAGAGCAGCGUGGCUGGCCUGGCCUCCAUGGGAGGGAAGGAGAUCAAGGAGAAGAAGGUGUUCCUGAGCCUGGUGGGCACCAAGGGCAUGGGCAUCAGCAUCUCCAGCGGACCCACCCAGAAGCCGGGCAUCUACGUGAGCAACGUGAAGCCUGGCUCCCUCUCUGCUGAAGUUGGACUGGAGAUUGGAGACCAGAUUGUGGAGGUCAAUGGGGUGGAGUUUACCAACCUGGACCACAAAGAGGCGGUCCGAAUUCUGAAGAGCAGCAGGAGUUUAACCAUCACGGUUCUCACUGGAGCUGGCAGUGACCUGUUCAUGACGGAUGAGGAGCGCUUGGCGGUGGAGGCUCGCAGGCAGCUGGACAGACAGGAGCUGAUGCAGCAGAAGAGGCUAGCUCUGGAGACCAACAAGAUUGUGAAGGAACAGCAGGAGAAGGAGAAGCAGAGGAAGAUGGAUAUUUCUCAGAAGACGGCCGAGGAGGAGGAACGCUACAAGCAGGAGAUGGAGAAGAUUGAGGCAGCAGAGCGGAAACACAACAGGGAGUGGGAGGAGGACUGGGGGGCCAGAGACAAGCCCAGGAGCCCUAAAGGCCCCAGAAGCAAGGCAGAGAUCAACACCCCUCCACCCAAGUCCAAACACUCCGCUUUCGGAUGGUUUUAUCGAUAUGAAGGGAAGCUGCCCACACUUCGCAAGAAAGGAGAGAAGAAUAAGAAGAACAAGAAGAAGACCUCCAGCACGGACACACUGCAGGAGCUGAGGAAGAACAAGAAGCAGAUGGAGUUUGAGCUGAAGCUGGCCAAGGAGAAGGAGGAGAUGCAGGAGCGAGAGAAGCAGCUCAAGAUCAGCCGGCUGGUCCAGGAGGUGUCGGAGACAGAGCGAGAGGAUCUGGAGGAGUCAGAGAAGGUGCAGCACUGGGUGGAGCGUCUGUGCCAGACCCGGCUGGAGCAGAUCUCCUGCGUGGAGAACGAGUCUCCAGAGCCUCCAGAGAUGCUGAAAAGGAUGGUGCCGUAUAAUAACACCUCCUUGAAGGCCAGCAAGAGACAAGUCUUUCAGAAAUAUGUGGAGGACUUUGAUCCAUACUCAAUGUUCUCCACAGAGCAGAUAGAAGACAGAGAUGUUCGGCUACUCAGAAUCAAAAAGAUCGGACAACUUGACCUAGCCGUGGAAGGGGGGGUUGACUCCCCCCUGGGAAAGCUAGUGGUAUCUGCCAUCUAUGAAGGUGGUUCUGCAGACAAGCAUGGCGGGAUCGUGCCAGGAGAUGAGGUGAUGGCGGUGAACGGCAAGAUCCUGACAGACGUGUCUCUGACUGAAGGACAGAACUCUCUGGCGAGGGCCUGGAACAGUGGAGGGGACUGGAUCGAUCUGGUGAUUGCCGUGUCUCCCCCCAAAGCCUAUGAGGAUGAGGUGACGUUCUUCUAGUUAUGAUCUUCAGCCUGCCAAACACGCUGCACCGCAAACACCAAGAAACCAUCUUCCUACAACUGUCCCGUUUCAGUUGGCGUCACCACGUUCCUGAUCACUUUCAAUACCACAGUAUCAUGUUCAUUAUCUAAGGGUUUUAAAUGAUCCAAUAAAACAAUAUUGUGACACAUUCCCAUCUGAGUUGCUGAUAUGCUGUGCACCAUAUAUGCUGAGCAGAAUUGUAUAGAAAAUCAGUCGGUAAGUUUUUAAAAUCG